CUUAUAUAAUAGUAGCGCAGAAGGAUAUAACCAUCUAAUAAUUAAUUUGUCGAAUCAUUUUGAGAUUUCACAAGUGGCCAAGCAUUUUGCUUUUCUCUUCCACUUGGGGACUUUGAGUGUUAUUACUUUUCAAUGGCUGCAAAUUUGGCAAGAAGGCUAGAAGGUAAAGUUGCAAUUAUAACUGGUGCUGCUAGUGGCAUUGGUGAAGCUUCUGCAAGACUUUUCUCAAGACAUGGAGCCAAAGUGGUGAUUGCAGACAUUCAAGACGACUUGGCACAUAAAAUUUGCGAAGAUCUGGGUCCAUCAUCAACCACCUUUGUUCAUUGUGAUGUUACAAAAGAAAAAGAUCUCGAAAAUGUUGUGAACAUUGUUGCUGACAAGUAUGGCAAGCUAGACAUCAUGUACAACAAUGCUGGUAUUACGGGAGCGGUCAAAUCCAAUAUUCUUGAUAAUGAAAAAUCUGAAUUCGAAAAAAUCAUUGGUAUUAACCUCGUAGGUACAUUUCUUGGGAUUAAACAAGCAGCCCGAGUCAUGGUCCCUCGUGGUCAAGGUAGUAUUAUUAACACUGGUAGUGUUUCUUCAUCGAUAGGUGGUGUUUGCCCUCAUGCCUACACGAGCUCAAAGCAUGGAAUAUUAGGACUCACUCGGAAUACUGCAGUUGAUUUAGGCCGCUAUGGCAUUCGUGUGAAUUGUGUGUCACCAUACUCUGUUCUUACAGCAGCGGCUUUAGAUACCUUAAAAAAGAUGGGUAAGGAAGGUUCAGAAAUUUAUUCUACCUUAAAUGGUGCUAAACUUACUCCGAAUGAUGUGGCUGAAACUGCUGUUUUUCUUGCUAGUGAUGAGUCUAAAUAUGUGAGUGGACAAGAUUUUAUUAUUGAUGGUGGAUUCACAAUUGAGAAUCCUGGUUUAUCAAUGUUCAAGUAGUUGUAUACUUGAUAAAGUUACUUGUAGUUUGGUACUAACAUUUGGAAUAAAGUUCUCUGUUUACUCCGAAUGAUGUGGCUGAAACAACUAUUUUCCUCGGAAGUGAUGCACCCAAGUAUGUGGUGGCCAAGAUUUUAUUGUUGAUAUUGGAUUCACAA